CCUCGUAGGGCAAUUCAGUUCGAUUGAAGGCAGCGAGUGGAGCUGGCGGCGCACGAUGACGGCUGUGAAUACGUUUGUUACCAUGUGGCGGUUCCUGCUGACGCUGGGCCCCUCGGCUAUGGUGAUUGUUCUGCUGAACAAGGGCAUCAAGGACUACCGGCCGGAUAUUGUGGACGAUCGGCAGCGCGUCCACUCCAUAUACAUUGAUCAGCUGCGGCCCAGCUACGAUUUCAUCGUUGUGGGUGGCGGCUCGGCGGGCUGUGUGCUGGCGGCGCGUCUCUCAGAGAAUCCGGCGUGGAGCGUGCUACUGCUGGAGGCAGGUGGCGAUGAGCCGCUCCUCAUGGAUCUGCCGCAAAUGUAUCCGGUCUUUCAGCGCAGUCCCUGGGACUGGAAGUACCUGACGGAGCACUCGGACCGCUACUGCCUGGCCAUGGAGGAGCAGCAGUGCUUCUGGCCGCGCGGCAAGGUGCUCGGCGGCUGCAGCUCCAUCAAUGCGAUGAUGUAUGUGCGCGGCAAUCGCCGCGACUAUGAUCACUGGGCCGGGCAGCUGGGCAAUCCGGGCUGGGAGUACAACAACGUUCUGCACUACUUUCGCAAGGCGGAGGAUAUGCGUGUGCCCGGCUACGAGCGUAAUCCAUAUCAUGGCCAUGGUGGACCCAUCAGCGUGGAGCGCUACAGAUCCCCCUCGCUGCUGUUGGACGUGUUUAUGGAGGCCGCAGCACAGCUGGGCCUCACACAUCCCGAUGGCGAUUUCAAUGGCCGCACCCAAAUGGGCUUUGCCCCACCCCACGGCACGCUGCGAAACGGACUGCGCUGCAGCGCCAACAAGGGCUACAUGCGUCGUAGCUGGCAGCGACCCAAUCUGGACAUUGUCUUGAAGGCCUUCGUGGAGCGGCUGCACAUUGAGCCGGGCAGCAGGCGCGUGCUGGGAGUCAGUUUCGAGCACGACCUAGUCCGGUAUCAGGUGCUGGCCGCUAAAGAGGUUCUGCUGGCUGCCGGUUCCCUGGCCAGUCCCCAGCUGCUAAUGGUCAGCGGCGUGGGACCCGCCGAGCAGCUGCAGCCGCUUGGCAUACCGCUGGUGCAGCAUCUGCCUGGAGUGGGGCGCAAUCUGCAGGAUCACAUCUCCACCUCGGGCGCCAUCUACACCUUCAAUAGCCCCCAGCCGGGCAGCCACAUGUCCUUUAUAGUGCCCGACCUGCUGAACGAGGAGUCCGUGCAGGAUUUCCUACACGAGCACAAGGGCUUCUUCUAUGCGAUGCCCGUUAGCGAGGUGAUGGGCUUUGUCAGCACUCGGUUUCAGGUGCCGCGAGAUGCGAACUGGCCAGACGUCCAACUCUUCCUGGGCAGCUAUGGCUACGGCGCCGACGGCGGCAUGAUUGGCCGACGAGGCGCGGCCAUCACGCUGGACAAUUAUGCGAACAGCUUUGAGCCCAUCAUUUAUCAGGACUCCUUUGUGAUUGCCCCGCUAGUGAUGCGUCCACGCUCGCGUGGCUAUCUCCAACUGCGCUCUGCUGAUCCCCGCGUGCAUCCGCUCAUACAUGCCAACUACUACGACGAUCCACUGGAUAUGGCCGUCAUGGUUGAGGGCCUCAAACUGGCGCAUCGUCUCACCCAGACGCCGGCAAUGCAGCGGCUCAAUGCCACGUUGAACAUCUACGAAUGGCGCAACUGCCCGGAGGUGGAGUACCUGAGCGAUGCGUUUUGGGAGUGCCUGGCCAGGUACUAUUCGCAGACGAUUUACCAUCCCGUCGGCACCUGCAAAAUGGCACCGGUUGAGGACCCCCUGGGUGUUGUGGAUCCGCGUUUGCGUGUCCGUGGUCUGCGCGGUCUGCGGGUCAUCGAUGCCAGCAUCAUGCCAACGAUUCCCACCGGCAACACGAAUGCGCCCACGCUGAUGAUCGCGGAGCGCGGCGCAGACAUGAUCAAGGAGGACUGGCAUCAUUACCCACACGGCGGUUGGCUCUAGGCCGUCAGCUGGUCAACUACCUGCCACACAGGCUAAGCUAAAAGUCAGCUGUAAGCUCUUAAAUAAAUGUGAAUAGAAGACUAGAGCGGACAGCUUGUCGCAGUGGAA